ACACAAAUUACGUGCAUUUAUUGAAAAAUUUACCAAAUAAAUAAGAGGAAUGCCUUGGGCAAUCGGUACGAAAUACUGUGGAAUAAUCAGUCUUACUCCCGAAUACAUACAUCACAUGCAUACAUACACAUACAUACGUACAUACAUACAUACACAUACAUACGUACAUAGUUCCAUACAUACAUACGUAAUAGUUACAUACGUACAUACAUACAUACGUACAUAGUUACAUACGUACAUACAUACAUACAUGCACAUUAAAAAAAUACUAUAAUAUCAUUGGUUACAUUGCCGUAAAAAAAAAAAAAUUUUAAUAUGUACACGAAGACCAGUUUAUAACAUGUAUGAGAGAUACACAUUGUUUCUUAAUAACAGUUAGGAACAUUCAAUAAAAAAGCCAUAAAAUAUCGAACGUCUAUGUCUUUUUUCUAAAUUUUCGAUCCAUUUUAAGUUCUUUUUUUUGUAGAAAGAGAAAAAGAAUUAAAGAGAGAAAAAAAAAAAACAAACAAAAAGGAAAAAGGAAACCAUCUUUCAAAUCUUAUCGAUUCGUUGUACUACGAUAAAAUAUUCGUAACGACUUUUCAACGAGAUUCUUUUAAUAUAAUGUUUUCAUAAAUUUAUACCUUAUUAUUUUUCAAGUUGCAACUCUAAUUCGAUUAAGAAUACAUUACUUAUUGCAAUAUGUUUAACAAAAAUAUUACAAUUUUACUUCACAUUCGAUUAAGAUGAUCUUCAAAAAUAACCUUCCCUGUGUAUACCGACUGUACAAUCUGCUAAAUAUCCUCCAUUGGUUCGCCUUUUAUAGAUUUACUCAAAGGUGCAGUUAGAUAUAGGAUUGAUCCGUUACCAUGGAAACGCAUUGACCAAUCAUAUUUUACUAGAAAGAGAUAGAACAUCUACGUCUUCUACGUCUAUAUCUCCUUAUCAUCUUGAGUUCUAUAAUUCAACAAUGGGAUCCAGCUGUCUAAUGAAAUGUGCUUUUUGUGACAUUUUUACAUAAUUCUUUAAUUCGGAGAAAGUAAUUUUUUUUUUUUUUUUCAUUUAAUUGCAAUCGUUGCACAUAAGAUUUUUUUAUUAAGACAUAGUUCCGAGAAAGAUAUGAUAGGAAAUCUUGCUGCCAAGCUACGAUUACUUUUGCCAGAUAAAACUGUCACAGGUAUAUUAUAUUUGUUAAAAUAAAAGAGAUACAUUUAAUAAACUUAAUAGUGCAAUGAUAUAUUCAGCAUUAUUGUUAUUGUAAUAAAAUAAUUCUUAACGAAGUAAAAUACAUAAAGGCAAUCUAUACUAUUAGCUCAGUUUAUUUAUUUAUUGAUGUAGAAUGUUUUGUUGUUAUUCUUAAUUUAAUAGCAUUCCAUAAAUACCAACAAAGUCCAAUAUUUUGAUCGGAUUAUCGCAUUAAAAAGGAACUUUUCAAUUGGAAACAGGAAAAGGAACGUUGUUGGAUUAUAUGAUUGAAAAGGAAGUAUUAAUAAGUGCAUUAUAAGUGUUCUAUCAAGUUUCAUAAAAAGCAAGUAAAUAAUAGGAAUUACAUGAUUAACAGAAACUGAACAAUGGAAACUUUUGGGUCAAGAAAAAGAUGGAUCUCUUCUUAUAUGUUGGUUGGAAGAAAAGUUAUUAGAAGACGGCACAGUUUUGCAAUAUACUGUUAUAGGCCAUUACGACCGGAUUAAAAAUAAAUUAGAGAUCCUACAUCGUUUUCAAAUGAUAUUGAAUAUUGUUCAAGCUACAAUAAAUCAAAGCCGUACGUUGCUUGGCUAUGUGACAAAGCAAAAUUCUUCUAUUGAAAAAGUUGUCGAAUCUAUUGAAGAAAAUAGCUCUAAAGUAGAAGAGUCAAUUGUGAAUGUAGAAACUUAUCAAGCAUAUCUAAUGAAACUUGACAUAGAUAAACUUUAUAAUUUAGAAAUUGAAAGAUCUAAGCAAGUGCGUAUUCAGUUCUUAUAUAGGGAAAAACUCCAAACUACAUCUGAUAAAUUUUUAUUAUUACUUCAUCAAGAAUGUGUUAUGAUAUAUACUAUCAUAUUUGAUGCAUCAGUGGAUGCUUUGUGGGAAAUAAAAGAAUUAAAACACGAAGAAUUAGUAAAAGAAUUUGUUUGGGCACAAUGGGAUAUGAUAAAUCAAGUCUUAUAUCAUAUUCAUCACAGACGAAUUCCUACGAGUUUAGUGAGCGAAGAUAACGAUGAAAAUAAUAUCAAAUUGUCUCGUUCGAAUCCGACGCUUAGUGGACUUCAAUUUCAUGAUGAUCUUCCACAUGAAACAGUGUUAAAUAUUCCUUUAAACUUACCUCAAUUAUCAACUACUUCUAAUUGUGGAACUUAUGAAGAUGAUGUUAUACCUUUGAGAGUUCAUGAUUGUUCUUUAGACCUUAUUGUGGUAUCAGAUUCUAAAGGAAUGGUCUGUGUUUGUCAUCAUUACCUAUAUAGACCAAUGAAAACACAACAUGUACUUAAUUCUUUAACUGAAUCAAAUACUGUACACUUUGCAUAUUCAGUUACGCUUCUUCAUCAUAGUUGUGUCAUUCAUUGUGUUAUACCAGGCAUACCAUGGUCACGUGCUAAGCUUAUAAGACCAACCUUUGCAAUAUAUAAAAAUCAUUAUAUGAUUGUAUUCGUGCAAGGUUUACUUAUACAUCUUCUUGAAAUAGGACUGAAUCAUGAUCCCUGUUGCCACAUUUUAUGUGGUUCUUCAACACCUGUUGUAUCACAUGGUUCUUAUUUAGUUCCAUUACUUGAUUUACAAAAUACGGAAGAAGGAAAUCAUAAAAAGCAAGAAACAUCUGGUCUUCAUCAUAAUAUUACAGAGAAUAAGAUUGGCUACUUAGAUGGAAGCAGUAUAUUUUCAAAUUCUGACUCAAAAAUUUUAACUAUUGAUUUACCCACACUAGAUCUUGUAGAAUUAUCCAUUUCUACUGAUUUCCUUAUCGAUAUUUUUCGAAAAGAAACUUCUGUCGAAGUACGCUUGGGAAUUUUGCAUUACUUCAUUUGUCAUAAAAAUGAUAUGGAAAUUAUUGCGGAUUUAGUAUCUAUUGUAGCAGAGAAACCUCGACUUUUGGAGAUCGUACGAUAUAUGCAAGAAAUUCUUAUUGGCGGAUCAUACGCUUUGGUACAAAAGAAUUUACUUGCAGAUGCUAUGCCCUUAUUAACAUUAUUACCUGUUACUACGAUGGAAGAGUACACGAGUUUUGAAAUAAAAGUUAAUGAUUUAAAUAUAACAUUGAGUCAUGAAAAACUAUGGAAUACAUCUGUUAUGUUACUUUCACCACAGCAAAGAUUAGUUCCUUAUCAUAGCGAUUUGUGGACUAGACUUUGGGAACAAUUAAAUAAAAAUAUUCAAGAUAAGCCAAGAUUUCAGCCAAGUAAAAUUGCGGAAAAAUUGUUGGUCUCAUUGGCAUGUUAUCAACCAGAGGCAUUAUCCAGAUGUAGUACUCCUAUGUCUCCAAGUGGAGGAUUUGUUAUAGCUACAGUUGCUCUUGGAGAUUUACUGGGUAAUCGUAGCAACAAGUUGUUGGACUCUAGUUUACCAUUCACAGAAAGUGAAAGUUGCACUGCUUCGAAACAAGAACAUAUCGUUUCAGUUAAUUUACGCGAGCUUUCGAUGUAUCUUUUGAAGAAUGGUACACAAUCAUCGACAUCUCAUAUUCAAGGUUCAUGUACAGCUUUACAAGUUCAUGCAAUGGCUACGAGAUACGUAGCUGCACAAUUAGAAACAUCACGUAUUUUAUGUCACAUGCUUUGUCGGGCUGCUAACGUUGACUUACGAAUUGAACAAGAACGUGGUUUUAUGCUUAUUGAUCAAUUGGAUAAUGGAAAACGAUGGUUGUUGUUCAUGCUUUUGGAACGUUACAGAUAUGCAUUAGAAAAUAUAGCAUUUCCUGCUCCUCAAGGAUUUACAUCGUUUUUUACUUAUCUUGGGUAUAAAACUUUAAGUUAUUCUAUGUUUUUACAAUAUGUUCAGAGAGCAGUAUUUGAGUUACAAGUAGAUGUUACAAAAAUUAUCAUGGCAGAUAUAAGUGAUACAAAAGAAAAUACUAUUAAAAAAUUGGCUUUACUAUCUUUGCUGCCACGAUCUCGAGCCAAAAGACUUUUAAAUCAAUGGUUACAUCCAGUUAGCUUUAUGCUAAGAGCUCGGGAACAUGCAGCUAAUAUUUUAUCAGGCGAAGUAGCUCAAAAUCGUGGCAGAUCUUUCCAACACCGUAAUCAUCAUAAUGGUUUAGCAGCAUUUCCUUCUGCUGAUCGUUUAUCGCCUCUAGAUACAUUUCUUGAUCUACUCACUGCAAAAGCUAGUCUUGCUGAAUUAGAUUUCGGUUUGCUUAUGGAAGCAACUGUAACAUCCACAGAAGAUUUUUUAUAAGUAAAAGAAGUUAACAAAAAAUGUGAUUGUUUCCAAUAUACAAUAUUAUAUGAAAAUAUAACUACUUGCAUAAUUCUAUACACUUUGCUAUUACAAGUGUAAAAUAAUAAGUGUAACAGAUUUUAGAUUAAUCAAUGGAUAAUAAUAAUUUGUAUUACCAUUAUUUAAAGAAAAAUAUUUAAUCAUACAUCGUUCUUUCUUCCAUUAAAUUUAUUCUAAGAUAAAUACAUACCGACUCUAUAAAAUACAUAUAUUACAUG